AUGCAACUAUGCAAAGAGAAGAAUAUUGCCAUUGAGACCUGUCCAAUCUCAAAUGAGGUUCUGGGGCUCUGCCCGACGACUAAGACGUAUCACCUCCCCAUCUUGCUGUCCAACUGUGUGCCGUGCAUUAUCAACAGUGACGAUCCGGGGUCGUGGAGAGCGAGGGUCCUCUCUCACGACUUUUACCAAGCUUUGACGGGAGCCAACAACUUGUCGAUACCCGGUUUGAGGGCCAUUGCUGAGUGGAGUGUUGAAGAUAGCUGCAUGAGCUCUGGCAUGCAGAAGAAACUGUACAAAGAUCUUGAGGAGAGCUGGAUUAUGUUCUGCCAGUGGAUCAUUGAUACGUAUGGUCAGUAG